AAUAAAUUCAUAUUUUUGAUGAGCUGAAUUGUAACCGGUCUGGUUUGUAUAUCCAAAUCAUUUGGGUCAUAACGUCUUAGGGCCGGACUUGUGUAAGGACGGAACGUCUGCACACAACCUCCCAAACGCUUUAAUGAUCAAGACACCGAGACAAUGCUCUGACUCGAUUUUUACCUUGAAUGUCAACAAUGUACAUAACCUGAUAGGAAGAAUGGAGCCAUCAUGGGUUCGAUACAUCUUGGAAAAAAGACCAAGCUCUCUAAUAAUUUCAGGAAUAGUCACGUCAGCAGUUGCUUAUGGAAUCUACAGCAUAAUAAAGUGGUUUCAGCAGUCAGAACCCCGAGAAGGCGAGAAAAGCAUAGACUAUGACGAAUACUUUGAAAACAUUGAGAACAUAACGGCCCCGGAUCAGCCUAGGACACGAGUGCUUGUGGUCGGUUUGGAUGGGAGCGGGAAAACCGCGUUCGUUGAGUGUCUGGGAAAGGGAAACAGGAUUAACAGAAUGCCACGACCCACUGUCGGCUUCAACAUCAAGUCCGUCACUGUGGGAAGAGCCAUGUUCGACAUCUGGGAUGUUGGGGGAUCAGAGUUGUGCAGGAAUUAUUGGAAAGAAUUUGUGAAGGGGAUCCAUGUGAUAAUUUGGGUGGCGGAUUCAGCAGCAACAGAGGCGCGGGUACAAGAGAGUUCUGACCUACUUCGUGAUUUCCUUCAACUGAAAGUUACCAAUGGUAUCCCAAUCUUGUUCGUGGCCAAUAAACAGGAUCUAGAAAAUGCUCUUCCACCUAAAGAGUUGUUGACGAAGAUGAAGGCCGAUUCUAUCAUUAACAACAGCCGGAAAUAUGCAGUUGUAGGAACAGAAGUACCUGCUGGCGGCGCUAGAAAAGGAAUCUGGACGGCGUAUCAAACUCUUAUAUCUUUAACCUCAUAGUUUUAUUACUAUUUUGAUAGCAUCUUUGUUUUUAAUUUUAUAUCUUUUUUUUUUUUUUGAAUUUACAUUUGAAUAUCUUGAGGGAAAAUGCGAAUUAUAUACGAUAGCAAUUAUUCUAUUUUGUCAUUUACUGAUGCUAAAAAGUUUUCACUGGAAUAGUAUACAUAACGAUAGCAAUAUUUAUGUAAUUAUAUUGAUUUUAAUUUAAAAAGAGAAAAGAAGUAAAUUUCAUGUUUUAGAGACUGUAGAUUUUAUGCAAAGUACAUAUAUGUAUGUUUGAUAUUUUGGUGUAAUGGUUUACAUACAUAUAUAUAUAUAUAUAUAUAUAGUUUUAGAAUGUAAGUUUUUUCUUUGUAUUGUAUCUUAGGUAUUUCUCAAUGUUUGUAACUCUUGAGGAAAUAAAUAGAUGUUUUACAAUCAUA